AUGACUUUGGAAAAUUAUGAAAGGGCGAAGGAGUACUUCGAAGCAGCGGAAGCUAAGCUCCAAGAAGAUUUGGAGGGAGAUCUGUGCGAUUCGAAACUUUCUUCCUAUGUCAUCACUAUGAGAUACAACCUCGCUAGAUGUUUGGAACACUUGUGCUUGUUCGAAGACGCUGAAGUUUUAUACAAAGGCAUUUUGAGAGAAGAAGAAAAUUACACGGAUUGUUAUCUACGUCUCGGAUGUCUUGCGCGCGAUCGAGGGCAGAUUUAUGAAUCAUCGGUGUGGUUCAAAGAAGCGAUAUCCGUUACUGUUGUAUAA